AUGACCGUCACCAUCCCUUGUCACUCGGGAGGAGCUGAGGCAUUCCAGGCAGGAGGAAGUGAGCCUCACAACAUAGAGAGAAGAUCUGCACAUGACCACAAGAAGAACACCUGUCCGCUGCUUUUAGUGGCAGAUCAUCGCUUCUACAAGCACAUGGGCCAUGGAGAGGAGAGCACCACCCUCAACUACUUGAUUGAGCUGAUCGACAGAGUGGAUGAUAUAUACAGAAACACAUCCUGGGAUGAUGAUUUUAAAGGCUACGGUGUGCAGAUUCAGCAGAUAAUCAUAAACAAGGAGCCCACAAAAGUUGCCCCCGAAGAGAUUCACUACAACAUGGACGGCAGCCCAUUAGGAAGAAAGGAUGGUGUGUGGGAUGUGAAGAAGCUCUUGGAACAAUUCAGUUACGACAUCGCAGACAACGCCUCUGCUGUUUGCCUUGCCCAUCUCUUCACCUACCAGGACUUUGAUGAUGGCACUCUGGGUCUGGCAUACGUGGCCCCUUCCAAACAGGGACUGGGAGGACUCUGCCCUAAGCCCUACUAUCCAUCACAAACCGUCAGGAAACCCAGCUACCUAAACACAGGCUUGACAAGCACCAUGAAUUAUGGGAAAACUAAGGAAGCAGAUCUUGUAACAACUCAUGAGCUCGGGCACAACUUUGGAGCAGAACACGAUCCAGACAAUAUAGUUCCCUGUGCGCCCAGUGAUGACCAGGGCGGCAAAUAUGUUAUGUACCCUAUUGCGGUCAGCGGAGAUCACGUGAACAACAAGCGCUUCUCCAGGUGUAGCAAGUUCUCUGUCAGUAGGACGUUAAAGGUCAAGGCCCAUCAGUGCUUCAAGGAAAGGAGCAGUAAGCUGUGUGGGAACUCCCGUGUGGAGGAGGAUGAAGACUGUGACCCUGGACUCCUUCAUCUCAAUGAUGACCCCUGCUGCACAGCUAAGUGCAAAUUCAGGAAGCAGGCAAAAUGCAGUGACAGGAACAGCCCCUGCUGCAAGGACUGUAGGUUUGAAAGUGCAAAUAAGACCUGUCAGGAGAUCAUCACCGCCACCUGCAAGGGCAUGUCAAAGUGCACAGGCAACAGCAGUGAGUGCCCCACCCCUGGAAACCUGGUGGAUAAUACAGAGUGUGUGGAUAAGGGUCGAUGUCAGAAGGGCGAGUGCAAGCCUUUCUGCGAGGCUAUGCAUAAUCUUGAGUCCUGUGCCUGCAAUGAGACUGAGGACUCUUGUAAAGUGUGCUGUAGAAGCAGUAGCGGGCUGUGCACUCCCUUUAUCAGUGAUGAGUCAUAUCUUUACCUGCGCAAGGGCAAACCCUGUACCGUUGGCUUCUGUGACGGGGCCGGUAAAUGCAUGAAGCACGUCCAAGAUGUCAUCGAACGUUUAUGGGACUUCAUAGACAAACUGGACAUCAACACAUUUGGGAAGUUCUUGGCUGACAACAUAGUUGGAUCAGUGGUGGUCUUCUCUCUCCUGUUCUGGAUUCCCCUAAGCAUACUGGUGCACUGUGUGGACAAGAAACUGGAUCAGCAAUAUGAGGAAAACUCCAUAACCAUGACGUACCCUAGUAGCGCAGAGAUGCUAAGCAGUCUGGAAUCGGCGCCCAUCCGCAUUGUGAAGGCCCAUCAUCUGCAUUCAGCGGCAGCGCGACCUCAGCCCUUACUGGGCCCCACAGGCCCCGUCGUCUCACCGGCACAGGAGACGCUCUCCGGCCCAGGCCCUGCCAACCUCUCCGCCACACUCAAAGCGGAUCCACUGCGAAUGGCCACAAUCGAGGAGGACCCCAGCGGAGACUCUCACCUGGACGAGGUGGAAGGCUUCCGUCAAAGCGGCACAGCUGCCAGGUCCUUCGAGGACCUCACCGGACAGUCAACGCCAUCCCGCGAGGACAAGAGAUGGCUGACGAGACAGGCGCGCAUUGACAGUAAGGAGACGGUGUGCUGAGGACACUGGCAUAAGAUCGCUUGAUUGAGACAUGAGCUGUGAAGAUCAGGGUGCAAUCGGGGUUCAUUUUGUUGGGGCAUUUAAAAGUCUAUGUGAUGUGUAAACUGCUGACACAUUUCAGUUGGUUCUUAGAAAUUUUGUAGCAUUCCUGUAAUGCACAAUUAUAGUUGUUAAUAAAAAUAGAGUCAGAAUGUCAGAAACUGCCAAGAGAAAUGACAUGUGCAUUUGGUAAAUUCAGAAGUUAAAGGAAUAAAUUCAAAACCGCUUUGGACAGCAUCUUUGGCUGUGAAACUUGACUCAGCAGUUUUCAGAAGCCAGCAAAAAGGCAUGUUGACAUAUAUUAAAACAAAAGGCUACGAGU